AUGAGCCAGCCUAGUAGUGGUUCCUCGCCUGCCGGAACAAAAAUUGUUUCUCAAGAAGUGGCUCCCUCGGUCGCCGGAGUUUCUUCUUUGCCUGCCAGUUCCCAUAUCGCCGGAACAUCUUUGACUCCCUCCGCCGCUGUAGUGCCUCCACAAAACGUAAGUACCAUUGACGUCACAACAAAUCAACCAAUUGUAAUUGCUCCUUCUGUCGCCGGAGUGCCUACAAGUUCCACCGCCGCCGGAACAACUUAUGCCAUAGCUACCACAGUUGCCAAUGUUCAACAUAACCAACAACAUUUUGCUGAAAAUAAUUUAAGCUCUUCUGCACAGCUUAAUUUGGAAGGCCUUCAAAGUCAGAUCAACAUUCUUAAGGCCCAGUUGUUAAAUGCUCAGCGAGCGUUGUCGAUUGCCACAAACGCUAAUUCGACGCCGAGUUCUUCAGCCGCCAUGCCACAGCCAUCCAACGGGCUCCAAAAAGCUUUGAAGGGUGAUGCCCGUGAAUGUGUGAAGUCGUUGCUGAUCCAUUCAGAUAACGUGGGUAUGGUUAUGGAACAAUUGUGUUUUCAAUAUGGUCGCCCAGAGAUGCUUAUUCGUUGCCAGCUACAACCAGUGAAAGAAAUUGCGUCCAUUAGUGAAAGUGCUGUGGAUAAACUUCUGCCCUUUGCUGUUAAAGUGUGGAAUCUUGCCGCCUUUUUGGAAACUGCUAAUGGACAACAGCAUUUAGCUAAUCCAACAUUAAUGGAAGAAUUGGUCGGAAAGCUUCCAAUGAGCAAACGAAUGGACAAAUGGCUCAAAGAUGUUGCUGAUUUGGUAAGAAUGGUGCAAACUACAAGUGGAAAUCGUCAAAAUAAUGAACCAAAAAGAAAAGUUGUCCUUCAUACUGCUGAUGGCCAACGUAAACAACAAGAAUGCCCUAUAUUUUGCCGUUAUCGAAAGACGUGUCCCGUAGAUGGUUGCCUAAGAAAACACAACAAAUUAUUACAUGAUGUCAAGAUUAAUGAUGGUGGAAAAAAUGAGCUUUCGUCUGAGUCGCCUUCUCCAAGUGGUUCCACAAAUGAAAAUGAGUCUGUUCUUAGCUGUGUGUCUAAAGCUGCAGAUAAAGGUGUGUUGUUGUUCCGAGUGGUGCCAAUUGUGCUUUAUGGUCCCAGUUACAAAAUUGAAACCUAUGCGUUGUUGGAUGAAGGUUCGUCGGUUACUAUGGUGGACAGCUCCUUGGUGAAGAAACUUGGUCUUCAGGGGCAUCAAAGUCAAUUGAAUUUAAAUUGGUAUGCUGGUAAGGCAUCACAAGAAACGGCAACAGUGGUUGAUAAGCACGUAAGUGGAAUUGGUAAGCAGAGAAAAUAUGCCUUGCGAAACGUUUAUGGAGUUUCAAAUUUAAAAUUGCCGGCCCAAAGCUUCAAUAUGGAUUUAAGUCGCCAUCCUGGUUUGCUCAUUAAAUUAUAUAAUGAUGUUGUUCCCAAAGUUCUGAUUGGAUUAGAUCAUUGUCUUCUGGGACUUCCUGAUGAAAUUGUGUCUCUGGAUGAAAAUGGUCCAUAUGCUGCUAACACCCCAUUACGAUGGGUCGUAUUUGGGAAAAUGAUGUGUAAGCAAUCUAUCGAAAAUUUGUGUCUUUUGUCAGUUCAGCCAGAGCAAAGCCUCUAUGACUUAGUGGCAAAUUAUUUUGAAACGCAGAAUUUUGGUGUGAAAUUAUUGCCGGUCAUAGAAUCAAAGGAUGACUUACGGGCUCGAAAAAUAUUGAACGAAACUACAGUUAAGAUUGAUGGUAGAUUCCAAACUCGGCUCUUGUGGCGUGCAGAUGAUGUUGUGUUGCCUGAUAGCUACUCCAUGGCUCUAAAUAGACUUGUUGGUAUUGAGCGAAAGAUGAAAAGAAGUCCUGAAUUUGGUGCUGCCUACAAAUCCAUUAUAAAGGAUUAUUUGUCCAAGAGAUAUGUAUGUAAAUUGUCGCCUAUUGAAGCUGCUGAUUUGUGCCCCAGGACUUGGUAUCUUCCGCAUUUUGGAGUGAUUAAUCCUAAUAAGCCAGGAAAAAUUCGUUUAGUGUUUGAUGUUGCCGCAACUGUUGAAGGUGUUUCCGUGAAUUCUAAACUGCUAAAAGGCCCGCAGCAAUAUAAGCCUCUGCCAUCGGUUUUAUUUAAUUUUCGAGUUGGUGCUGUAGCAGUGUGUGGGGACAUCAAAGAAAUGUUUCACCAGGUUAUUGUAGCUCCUGAAGAUAGAUGCUCUCAAAGAUUCCUUUGGCGCGAAGACACUAGAGAACCACCUAUUUCUUAUGAAAUGCUCGUCAUGACUUUCGGUGCUGCUUGCUCGCCUUACGUAGCCCAUUAUAUGAAAGAAACAAAUGCCCUAAGCUAUCGUGAUAAAUAUCCUCGUGCAGUGAAGUCGAUUGUUGAUCAUCAUUAUGUAGAUGAUUUUGUGGAUAGUUUUCCGACGCCAGCAAGGGCCAUUGAGAUUGCCAAACAAGUGCGCGACAUUCAUAAAGCAGCUGGGUUUGAACUACGUAAUUUUUCGUCGAACUCUUCAAAAGUAAUUGUGGCUCUUAAAGGUACAGUGAAAAGUCCGGUGAAUUUUUCCAGCGAUGUCAACCAGCUACAAUCAGAGAAGAUACUUGGUAUGUAUUGGCAACCUAAAGAUGAUACUUUCAGGUUCAAUUUGAAGUUCCACAAUGUGAAUGCUGAUGUUAUAGAAGGUAUGAAGUGUCCAACAAAACGCGAGCUGUUAAGUGUGGUUAUAUUUCGUCGUACAUUGCCGGUGCCACCACUUAUGGGUUCUUUGCCAAAAGACAGAUUGACGCCAUAUAUUCGUCCAUUUUCCUACACUGUAUUGGACUAUUUUGGUCCACUUAUUGUAACCGUUGGUCGUCGCCAUGAAAAACGGUGGGUGGCCUUAUUUACUUGCCUGACCAUAAGGGCCAUUCAUUUGGAAGUCGCUUUCGAUUUGUCAACCGAUGCGUGUAUUCUUGCCAUACGCAAUUUUAUAAAUCGACGAGGCCUGCCUACAAGACUGAGGAGCGAUAAUGGUACAAAUUUUGUUGGUGCUGAUAAAGUUGCCAAGAGGUUCAAUGAAGUAUUUGAUGUGGCUCAAAUUCAAGAUGAACUUACAUCUAAAGGUAUAGACUGGCAGUUUAAUUGUCCACAUAAUCCUGCAGAAGGUGGUAUAUGGGAACGGAUGUGGCUCAUUUCCCGUCAGCUACGCGAUCACUUCUGGAACUGGUGGAUAAAAGAAUAUUUGCCCACGUUGACUAGACGCUCCAAAUGGUGUCAACGUACGAAGCCUAUUGCUAUUGGUGAUUUGGUUCUAAUUUGUGAUCCAGCCGUGUUCCGUAGAGAUUGGAAGCGAGGCAGAGUGGAAGAGGUGUUUAAAGGUAGAGAUGGUGUUAUUCGUCGUGCUGAUGUACGUACCUGUACAGGAAUACUAAAGCGCCCUGUUUCCAAACUUGCUGUCCUUGAUUUGGAGUAG